AUGCCUUCAGCUCUACAACUCCACAGAAUCACCACCAACCCCAAUACCACCACCAACCCCAAUACCACCACCAUCAUGGUGAACUAUCAAAAGCAAUCCCAAACCAUCUGCAAAAUACCUAUAUCUAUUCAAGUUCCUGAUUACAUAUUACACCACCACACCCACCUUGUUGGGCCAAACCAAUGCUGCUCCGCCGUGGUCCAGACCAUCGCCGCCCCAGUAGCCACCGUGUGGUCCAUCGUUCGCCGUUUUGACAACCCACAAGCUUAUAAACAUUUCCUCAAGAGCUGUCACAUGAUCUCCGGCGACGGGACUGUUGGUUCUCUCCGGGAAGUCCAAGUGAUUUCCGGUCUCCCUGCCGGUUAUAGCACGGAACGCCUUGAAAUUCUUGACGAUGAACGACAUGUUUUGAGCUUCAACAUCGUCGGCGGCGAUCAUAGGCUUAAAAAUUACAGGUCCGUUACCACUCUUCACCCUAUGGCCUGUGGUUCAGGGACGGUUGUGGUUGAAUCGUAUGUAGUUGAUAUUCCACCUGGUAACACUAAGGAGGAAACUUUUGUGUUUGUUGAUACGAUUGUGAGGUGCAACUUGCAGUCGCUGGCUCAGAUUGCCCACAACUUGGCCAAGAAUAACUACAAUUUAUAUGAAAAUUGUGCCUCUGUGACUUGA